AUGAAAAUGCUUAGAGGUCUAUCUACAGUUGCAAAAGCAAAGGGAUUCCAACUCUCUUCUUUAUCGAAUGGUCUUAGAGUGGCUACUUCCAGCGUUCCGGGCCAUUUUAGUGCUUUAGGUCUAUAUAUCAAUGCAGGUUCAAGAUAUGAAAAGAGAAAUUUAAAAGGAUGCACACAUAUCCUAGACAGAUUAGCCUUUAAAUCGACCCAACAUAUCGAUGGUCGUACAACAACCGAAACUUUAGAAUUAUUAGGUGGGAAUUAUCAAUGUACUUCGUCAAGGGAAACAAUGAUGUACCAAGCAUCUGUCUUUAAUAACGAUGUUGAUCAAAUGUUAAGGUUAAUGGCAGAGACUGUGAGGUUUCCUAACAUUUCUCAACAGGAGUUGGAUGAACAGAAAUUGGCUACACAAUAUGAAGUUGAUGAAAUUUGGCUAAAACCGGAUUUAAUCCUACCUGAAUUAUUACACACCACAGCAUUUGCAGGUGAAACAUUAGGUUCACCUUUAUUAUGUCCUAGAGAAUUAAUACCUUCAAUUUCAAAAUAUUAUUUAAAUGAUUAUAGAAAUAAAUUUUAUGUCCCAGAGAAUACCGUUGCUUCAUUUGUUGGUGUCGAUCAUGAUGUUGCUUUAAAAUAUGCAGAGAAACAUCUGGGUGAUUGGGAAUCCACCCAUCCACCAAUAGUUAAGGAGGCAGCUCAUUAUACUGGUGGUGAAACAUCUAUUCCACCUGCUCCUACGUUUGGUAAUCUACCUGAAUUAUACCAUAUUCAAAUUGGAUUUGAGGGACUCCCCAUCGAUCAUCCAGAUAUUUAUAUCUUGGCAACUUUGCAAACUUUGUUAGGUGGUGGUGGAUCCUUUAGUGCUGGUGGCCCAGGUAAAGGUAUGUACUCGAGAUUGUAUACACAUGUGUUGAACCAAUACUACUUCAUCGAGAACUGUGUAGCGUUCAACCAUUCAUAUUCAGAUUCAGGAAUCUUUGGAAUCUCAAUCUCUUGUAUCCCUGAGGCUGCUGCUCAGGCUGUUGAAAUCAUUGCACUACAAUUUAGUAACCUAUUUGCAAAUGAACAAUUGAAAUUGUCCAAUGAAGAAGUCUCAAGAGCCAAGAAUCAAUUGAAAUCCUCUUUGUUGAUGAAUCUAGAGUCUAAAUUAGUAGAAUUAGAAGACAUGGGAAGGCAAAUAUUAUUACACAAUCGUAAAAUCCCUGUAAGUGAGAUGAUCGAGAAGAUAGAAGAAGUGACCCCCCAGGAUAUCGAAAGAGUCGCCAGAACUGUAUUCACAGGUAAUGUCAAGAAUUUGGGACAAGGUACUGGUAAGCCUACCGUCGUCAUGCAAGGUAAUAGAGAAGCAUUUGGUGAUAUCGAAGGUGUAUUUAGACACUACGGUCUCGGAAAAUAA